AUGUGUUACCACGACAAAAUAUACAGGUUAAAAGGAGAAACUUGGGCUACAGCUUUCAGUUUGUAGGUUUUCUUUAGUUAUUAUUAUGUUUUUAAAUUUACAAAUGUAAAAGCGUUAGGCCUAAAGUUUGUUGUUGAAUAUAAAACUAUGCCCUUUCUUGAUAAAUUGUGUGUCAAUGCAAAGAUUCUGCUUUUAUUGUUUGCUCUAUCCUAAAUUAUCUGCUCAAACAGUGUUUCAAUUCUAAAAUUAGAAUUUAAACACACCUUUUGUGCUAAGCCAAAAAUGUCGACGAGCUUGUGGGUGAAGAGGAAACAUACCAGAAGCUUAAAAUUGUGUACUAAACCUGGAACUCUCAUAUAAACCUAAAACCUUCUAAUACGCCUAAACUUACUUCGAGGUCUGCGACUAAAAUUAUGUGCCUUCUGUUAAAACUGUCUGUUGUGCUUACAUUGUCUCCUAAGCCGAUUGAAUACUCAUCAUGAAUAAGCAUCUCACGUCAAGAAAAAAUAAAAGAAAAACAAUUAUCCAGAGAAAAUCGCUUGGCAUUCCGCAACAAGGAGGAAAUAAUAGUAUGUUAACUUCGCAAUGUUUUUUCGACAUGUUAAAGUACAGGUAUCACAAAAGUGUUUAAUAACAAUUAAAAAGCAACACUUCAGUUCCCUAAUUUAAAAAAUCUCUUUGUGUUUAAGCGCAUAAUAAAAAUUUGGUAUUCAUAUUAAAAAUACGCUUUUCCAAACUCUAAAAUACGUCAUAACUUUGCAACGAGCACAUGAGCAGCUAUAGCGGUAGCAACAGUUGGAUUAAGGAGGAAAUAAGGAAUAAUUUGAUGCUAAAACCGUCUAAUUCUAUGGAGUAGAACUUGAGUUAUCAAGAGAUAUCAGUUUCAUAUUAUCCAUACAGAAAUUUUUCAUUAAUUUUUUGGCGAGAUUUUCCUCUGAAAAUUAUUUUCUCUUCUUUUUUAUUUAAUAUGGAUGCUUAAUCGUUGCAUUUUUUAUCUUCUUUAUCCUUAAAAAAACCUCGAAACUACAUUAACAAUAAACCCGAAAGGCAUUUUCGAAAAAGAAAAGCUGAAGAAAAAUUAUUUUUCCGCUAUUUGAGAAACGCCAAAAAUCUGUUCAAGACGCAAAAGCAAAAUCGUUUUUUCUUGACGUGCAUCUUAUAUUUGGAGUACUCAAAGUCCGAAUAGGCAUUGCUUUCAAUCAUUCAAGAUUUAAAAACCGUUACUUAAAAUUACUUAAAAAAGUGCUUUAGGACAAGUAGCCGUGCAUUCAAUUUAUGUGGCAAGCGAGUAGUCAACUGCCGUCACUCAGGAAACAUUUUGUUUCACUUGGGACCACAUCAUGUCAUCCUUGCUCAUAUUGAUUUUGCCAACUUUAAAUUUGAGUUUAUUGACUUUAGUCAAUAUUUUGAAGACGAAGUCUCGGACAUAAUUUUAAUAAACAACGGAACCCGCAUGAUAGUCAAAUGUGGAAAUUUUUUCGACCACACUGCCUACUUGUACGAUAUUGCUGCUCAAAAAAUAAUUCGAAGGUUCAGAACAGAUGACUUUUCUACACGCAUAUGUUCAGAACCCAUAACAAGCACGAUACUUUACGAUCCAUACAGUGAUAUAGAAUUUGAAUUGCCGCAAAACACGAUAUCGAUUUCGUGCAUGAACACCAGCUACGAUAAACAUCGGUAUUUAGCAUUUUGGUCAUGGUCAAAAGAAUUGUAUCUGCAAGAUACUAAGACGGAUUAUUUUUUUAAACUGUGCCGCAUUACUGACACUGUAUUUAGCCAUUAUAUUUUUGAGGACAUCGGCCAUGUUUUUAUUACAAGUAAGUAAUUUUUGUUUGAAACUAGAGCAACAUAGAACACAUGUGAAGCUAGGAUAAGACGGGAUAGUGAUAAAUACAGAACAUAUAUAUAUAGUCGAGCAUAACCAUUAUGGUUAGGCCGGCAAACUUAAAACCACAAAAAACUGACAAAACACAGUUUGUCACCAACGUGUUUUUAGGUGACUCUUAUGGACCACAGUAUCACAUUUAUUUUUACGACAUCAAAAGUCAAGUAAAAGUUUACGAACGAUCAUACAUCGGAGACCGCAAUUUCUGGCAUGUUUUUUCGAGCAACUCUAUAAUUAAUACCAAUACCGAAGAAGUAAGCGCUAACAAUUUUUAAUUUCAAUUAUUUUUGUUUAAAUAUUUUUUUCUUUUUAAGUAUGAUAAUUUAAAAAACUAUUAUGUGACAAAAAAGUAGUUGUAAGAAAAGAGUUAAAACCAAAUUAUUUCAGCUAAUUGUCUAUAAUGUACAAAAGAAACAAUUCUUUUCGAGUUUUAUUAACUAUCAGCAUUCACUAUCACCUAAUGUCAAUCCUCAAGAAGAUUGUAAUUUCAUAACAUCAUCUAGUGCUGAUGGUCGACGAUUAAAAUGUUAUAAACAUCGUGGUCAAAUUCGCACAUUUUUGUGCAAUUUUAACAAAGGCAAGUCUAACUAUGUAAAAUACGUCGGUACCGUCACUAUCAUAAAAAAUUAUUAUUUUUCACAGUUAUUAUGUCAAUUUAAGGUGCUUAAUUUUGACGCAGCUUCAGAUUCUGUGAACUAAAGGUGUUAGCCUAAACCAAAAGCCAAAGAUAACACUAAAGUCGCUUCAAUCAAAUAAAUUUUUCAGAUAGACUAAGAUUGAUGACAAUGUGCACAAAUGAAACAUCGAGUGUUGAUAAACUAUGUCAUCGUACUUCAAAAUUGUUAAAUGAGCCCCGUGAAGUGUCACGUGAUAGUAUUAAUUUGGCCGAUGAAGCAACAAAGUCCUUCCUAACUAACCUGCAGUUAUUGCUAACACGUCCAUCGGUGCCAGAAGUAACAAGAGUUAACUAUUUUAGCCAACAACUAACAGAAACAUUUAGUCAUGUUUUACAUUAA